AUGUUCAACUUUCACAAGAUUGCAACCUACUAUAGCACACUAGUCAUGACCUUGAUUGGUGGGACCUUUAUUCGGUCACCCAAUUUACUAUUGGAUGCCUUUGCAGUUUUGCCUAGACACCAGGAACAACAGACGUUGGCCUUGGAGGGCAUGGAUCCUGUGUAUCAAUUGGCCUACAAAUUAGCGUUUGCCAGUCAUUUGGUGGUGGGAGUACUCGGACUAUAUUCUAUCCUAUUGCAUAAUCAUUCAAUCCUGCAUCGACGCAUGGUACUCUUGAGUUUUGGAGUUCAUCAAGCUAUAUUUGCAUGGGCUUGUCGACCCACCAUGCCAGUGAAAUGGCAGGAAGUCUAUUUGUUGCCAGUCUAUGUGAACAUACUAUUGACGGUACUAUUGGUAUUGAUCAUGCCAGAAUCCAAACAAGAACUACCGAGUUUGAAGCGGCGGCGACAAAAAGUCAAGAAUAAAAAUACCUGA